AUGCAAUUAACAAAAGCUUUUAAAGUUAAGACAUAUUUUACUUCAUUGACGAAAGUAAGUUAUAAGAACGAAAUAUUAGUACUAGAGGAACAAAUUGAAGCAUUAAAAAAUUAUAAAGAAUUACAACAUACAUUUAAAACAUUAAUUAAUGAAAAUAAAAUAUUGAAAGUCAAAAAAUUUGAAGAUUUUAUAAAAAUAAAUGAGUUAAAGAAUAAAUUAUCUAAUCAAAAUAGACCAGUUUCAAAGUCUAAAGUAGAUGAUAUACUUCAAAAGAAAAAUGAAUUAUUUGAGAAACAUAUAAGGAAUUUUAUUGACAUUCUUAACAACAAAACAUUACAUACAGAACCUUUAAUUGAACAGAAGAAUAAAAAAGAAUUGACAAAAUUUGUAUCUAAAAAAAAAAGUGAUUUAAUUCAAAUUGCAACUAGCCAUAAAGAAGAAUUAGAAUUAUUAGAUGCAGAAGUAAAAUAUGUUUUUGAUACGUUAAGGAAAGAUAUUGAAGAUAAAAUGAAUUUGGAUUUUGAUUUGGAAAUAAAUUUUAAAUCCAAAAAAUUAAACCUAGAGAAACAAAUUAAUAAGCUGGAAAAAAAUGAUGAUUUCAAAAUGUUGCAAAAAAUAAUAAAUGAAUUAAUUGAAGAAAAUGAAAUAUUAAAAAGAUUAAAUCAUAAAAAUUUGGGCAACAUAAUGAAUCUAAACAAACAAAUUUAUUCUAGAAAUUUUACAAAAAUGAAAGAUAGCCUAAAAGAAAGCCUAAGAGAAGAAAGCCUAAGAGAAAGCAAGAAAAAUAUUCAAGAUCUUAAAUUAUCAAUCAAAAACUUCAAAAGUGCUUCUAAAAGCAAUUCUAAAGGCAAUUCUAAAGGAUGA